CAUAUUGCACCUGUAAAAAAAUAAAAUUGUUAAGAUUUCAACCUACUAUCUACCACCAAAGAACCAACCAAACGGGACAUAUACCUAGGGCGUUGUUAACCAAUCAGUUUGUUAUUUUUUUCAAAAAAUAACAAAUCUAAACACCAAGUCUAUUCUGUUAGACUAGAUUGAUACAACAACAAACAAGUAGCGGGAUAGAUACUACUGUAUCACCUUGUUCGUUAACUUUACGAUUUUAGGAUUGCUAUAUAUACCCAACACAUGUAGAGUUGUAUAGUGUUUAUGUUUUGUUUUGCUCUUUCUAUCUAUUACCAUGGAAAUUGAUCUUUCUCCCCAAUUGGCCAAGAAGGUGUACGAAAGCAAUGGUGGGUCUUACCAUGCAUGGUCCCCUUCUGAGCUCCCCAUGUUGCAUGAAGGGAACAUUGGUGCUGCCAAACUAGCUCUUCAAAAAAAUGGUUUUGCCCUUCCUCAAUACUCUGACUCUUCCAAGGUUGCAUAUGUUCUCCAAGGAAGUGGAGUUGCUGGAAUUGUGCUCCCUGAAUCGGAAGAGAAGGUUCUUGCAAUCAAGAAGGGUGAUGCUUUGGCACUCCCUUUUGGUGUGAUAACCUGGUGGUACAACAAGGAGGACACUGAGUUGGUUGUUCUGUUCUUAGGUGACACUUCCAAAGCCCACAAGACUGGUGAAUUCACUGAUUUUUACCUAACUGGUUCCAAUGGAAUCUUCACUGGAUUCUCAACUGAGUUUGUGGGAAGGGCUUGGGACUUAGAAGAGAAGGAUGUGAAGACCCUUGUUGGGAAACAAUCAGGCAAUGGCAUUGUGAAGCUUGAAGGGAACAUCAACCUUCCUGAGCCCAAAGAGGAACACAGAAAGGGCAUGGCAUUGAACUGUGAAGAGGCUCCAUUGGAUGUUGACAUCAAGAAUGGAGGAAGGGUUGUGGUGUUGAACACCAAGAACCUUCCUUUGGUUGGUGAGGUUGGUCUAGGAGCAGACCUUGUGAGGCUUGAUGGAAAGGCCAUGUGUUCCCCUGGAUUCUCCUGUGAUUCUGCUUUUCAGGUUACUUAUAUUGUGAGAGGGAGUGGUCGUGCUCAGGUUGUUGGUGCUGAUGGUCGCAGGGUUUUGGAGACCACAGUGAAGGCCGGUAAUUUGUUCAUUGUGCCAAGGUUUUUUGUUGUCUCAAAGAUUGCUGACUCUGAUGGAUUGGAGUGGUUCUCUAUCAUCACUACCCCCAAUCCUGUAUUUACUCACCUGGCUGGAAGUAUUGGGGCGUGGAAGGCUCUUUCACCCACUGUUCUGCAGGCUGCUUUCAAUGUAGAUGCAGGACUUGAGCAACUCUUCCGUUCAAAGAGGAAUGCUGACGCCAUUUUCUUCCCUCCUCCAAAUUAAAUUAGCGUUACUAUGCUUAUGAUGUUUUUCUAGUUUGAAUUAGUUUCAGGUUUUUAAUCCAGUUCUUCAUGAGUAGUAUUUACAUUUCUUUUGGGUUUGUAAGGAAUUGAUUAUUGUUGCCUUGUUUUUUUAAUCCAAAGUUUAUUUUAAUCCUUCCUUAUACCUUGUAGUUAUUUUUUUAUGAAUCUUGUUAAGGACGCACUUUAAAAAAUCAUUCAGAAAGUGAUUUCCUUUUGAAGCCAAGACUAAUUUCUAAAAAAUUUAAGAUCAAAAUUAAUUUAUUUUUAAGAAGUUGAAAUAAUAAUAAUUCUGAAGUGACAAGUCAUUUUUCGACCGGAAUAUAAGGUGAACACUGAAAAUACUGAAUAGUAGGUUCGUUCUGUAUUUUAUGUGGUGAUGAUGAGACAAAAUGGCACCAUUGAAGUCACUGGAGAAAGAGUAUCCACUCAUUGACUCUAAUUUUCAAACCUUCUGCGCCUCCCACGGCAUUUUCUCUGGUUCCGUUCCCCUUUCUCUAGCAGGCCAGGGUUACCUAAUUCUUGUUUUUUUUUAAAAAAAAAAAUUAAGUUUAUGCUCUGCUAAUUCUGUUAUUAGGUUAAUUAAUAGUAAUAACUUUGAGCAUGUACUAUUCAGGGAAUUGACCAGCUUAUCUCAAUAAUAGACGCUCUUCAUCCACCAUUGCUAAACGGUUUGCAGCUCUUGGAAGAUGCUCAGUGUUUUGUCCACUGGAUGUGAAGGGUACUUUCACUUCAACGUAUAUAUAUUUCCUGUUAUGUUGUUGAAAAUGAGUUUUAUUUCAAUUGCAUGCUACAAGAGGGGUCAAAUGAGAAACUCAGCCAAAUAGGCCCUAUGUAUAAGAAAAUGCGUGCAUGCUGCACUAGGCUAGGCA